GGUACCGUACUACCAUUCAGGUGCUACCUAUACACUAAUCUGUUCCACUUCCAACAAUCAUGAAGUCUUUAAUUUUCCUGAUCGCCGGUUUUUAUUACGUUGCAGGAUUUGUGAUUAGGAACGAACGCAUAAUUGAAGGAGAGUUGGCUGCGGCUGGCCAAUUUCCGUACGUCGUUUCCAUCACCGACGAAAAUAAUCGACACUUUUGCGGCGGAUUUAUCUACAACGAUAGAUGGAUCGUCACAACAGCCUCGUGUGUCGAUGGGAAAACAAUCUACCAGUUGAAAGUGGUGGUCGGUCAGGUGAGUGCCAUUAAUCCGGACCCUAACGAGGAAUCCAUGGCCGUUUAUUCCAUCGUUUCUUUCCCAGAGUACAACAGUACCAACAAGAUGAACGACAUCGCUCUCAUCAAGCUCAGCAAAAGUAUCCAAUUUGAUUAUGAAAAUGUGGAUUUCAUCGUGUACAAUCAAUUCGAUUUCGUCGAGAGGGUAGGAAUGAUAAUGGGAUGGGGCGCAAAUAUGGACGGUGGGUAUGAAUCGGUCAACCUUCGUUACGCAGCGGGAUUCAUCAUGUUCACAAAUGUUUCAACCGGAUGCGGAACGUAUUCCGACUCGGUCGAAUUCGAUCCGGCAAUCAUGAUGUGCUGUGGAGUUUCCAUUGUUGCGACCCCACCUGGGUCCCCUUGCAUGUAUGACGAAGGAUCUCCAUUCGUGCAAGAAUUAGUCGAUCCUGCCAAUUCAUCGCUGGUCAUUCCGACUGCCGUUGGCAUCUUUUCCAAGACGCCCAGCUGCGAACUAUCAUCACGAAGUGUUUACACCCGAUUAUCUGUCUACUAUUAUUGGCUGAAAAACACUGCCGGACUCCAGCCAACUCGUCCGUCAAUUUAAAUAUUUAUCUUAUAAUCAAACUCUCACAAAAAAUGGUAUCCCCUGAUUAUCUCAUCAGUAAACGUGAAUGGAAAUGGA